CCCGGAAAACUCCGGAAAAUGAAAAGGAAAAUCGCCUUACACCGCCACUCCACUGCCCUUGAGAAGUUCCCUACAGAGUAACAGUGGUGGCUGCCGAUUCCGCACAAUUCGAAAAUGGCACAAUUCUCGGCUCCUCAAGUAUCCAGUACGCUGAGGGCGCCGCGCAGGCCAGUUGCUUGUUGCAAGGCGACGACAAUGGCUUGGUUUUCGUCCUGCACACAGACUGCGGUAGCAUCCCUUAAGAUCACUCCGGGGUUUCGGGGCUUGCCGGAGCUCAAUUCCUGUCGUUUGAGAGUAUUGGGGAGUGAUCGGUCUCGGAGUUUCGCCAUGGCAAGAGACAGUGCUGAGGGGACUGCGGUGGGUGAUCCUGUGGAAAAUGCUGGCCGCAAUCAGGCUGAAGAUUCUUCAACUGAAAAGUUUGAGGAGCGUGAUUUUACUGGCACGCCGUAUGUUCCUGUGUAUGUGAUGUUACCGUUGGGUGUGAUCAAUAUGAAUGUUGAGCUAGUUGAGCCACAAGCUCUGCGAAAUCAACUACAAGUGUUGAAGUCGGUUGGUGUUGAUGGUGUUAUGGUUGAUUGCUGGUGGGGAAUAGUAGAGGCGCACAAUCCACAGCAAUAUAAUUGGAAUGGCUACAAGAGACUUUUUCAGAUUGUGCGUGAUCUUAACCUUAAGCUACAGGUCGUGAUGUCAUUCCAUGAAUGUGGAGGCAAUGUCGGGGAUGAUGUAUAUAUCCCACUUCCUCACUGGGUGACAGAAAUUGGCCAAAAGAAUCCUGAUAUAUAUUUUACAAAUAAAGAAGGGAAACGCAAUGCUGAAUGUCUCACAUGGGGAAUUGAUAAGGAGCGAGUUUUAAGAGGCCGCACUGCUGUUGAGGUUUACUUCGACUACAUGAGGAGCUUCAGAGUUGAAUUUAAUGAAUUUUUUGAGGAGGGAAUAAUAUCAGAAAUUGAAGUUGGAUUAGGUCCGUGUGGAGAGCUACGGUAUCCUUCUUAUCCUGAACAGCAUGGUUGGAAAUAUCCUGGUAUUGGUGAAUUCCAGUGUUAUGACCGAUACUUGAUGAAGGAUCUGGCGCAGGCUGCAGAAGCAAGGGGCCACUCCUUUUGGGCCAGAGCACCAGAUAAUGCAGGUUCUUAUAGUUCCCAACCACAUGAGACAGGGUUUUUCCGUGACGGAGGUGAUUAUGAUAGCUACUAUGGCAGAUUCUUCCUCAAUUGGUACUCCCGUGUUUUGAUUGAUCAUGGUGAUCGUGUACUUGCUCUGGCCAAUUUAGCUUUCGAAGGCACACACAUUGCUACAAAGGUAUCAGGUAUCCACUGGUGGUACAAGACUGCCAGCCAUCCUGCUGAAUUAACUGCUGGAUUUUACAAUUCCUGCAAUCGUGAUGGGUACGUGCCAAUAUCAGAAAUGUUAAAAAAGCAUGAGGCUGCCCUGAAUUUCACAUGUGUUGAAAUGCGCACAUCAGACCAGCAUCAGGGCUUUCCGGAAGCACUGGCAGACCCCGAGGGAUUGGUUUGGCAGGUAGCAAGCACAGAAACCCAUGUGCUAAAUGCUGCAUGGGAUGCUGACAUUCCAGUCGCUAGUGAGAAUGCUCUUACAUGCUUUGAUAGAGAAGGCUACAACAAGAUAUUAGAAAAUGCUAAGCCCAGGAAUGAUCCAGAUGGCAGACAUUUAUCAGCAUUUACCUACCUCAGAUUAAGCCCAGUUCUCAUUGAGAGGCAUAACUUAAUGGAGUUCGAACGGUUUGUCAAGAGAAUGCAUGGAGAAGCCACUCCUGAUGUUUAGAUCAACUCAAAUAGACAGCACACCGGUUUCAGGGGACGGACGCGGGCCUUGCUGCUUCGGAGAGAGAGUAAUAAAAUCUUCAGAUUCGUCUGUAUGUGCAAAUCGACAGUAUUUAAUACUGUGUUAUAGGAGUAAAACAAAAUAUAAUAGCAUUCUACAGGUUUGGUGUAUUAACUGAUAAAACUGUGGUUACAAACUUGUUACCUAUGAUGGUAAUUUAUAAGAUAUUUCCAUUCCAAA